AUGUCAUUUAAACAAUCAUCAACACUUCACUCACUUUUAAUAGAUGAUAUAUUAUUGAAUGUAUUUGAAUUUUUAGAACGUUCCUAUGUAUUAGAUACUAUUUCAUUAACUUGUAAAUAUUUAAAUAAAUUAUGUCAUCAACCCUAUAAUUAUAAUAGAUUAGUAUGGACAUUCUCGGAACAAUAUUAUGAAAAAUUAAAAAGAAUUAAACCAUACUAUACAAAAGUUCAAACUAUUGAAAUGAGUGAUUCUAAUAAAUUUAUAGAAUCAAUAAUUCCAGAAAAGAGAUCCAUUGAAUUUAUUGAAUAUUUAACUAAUCAUAAAGAUACAAUUAAAAGAUUAGAUUUAAAUUUUAAUAGAAAUCAAAUUGAAUUGUUAAAGAAAAUUAUUGAAACAAGUAAAGAUUCAUUACAAGAAUUAUCUAUAUGUAUAUUCAUAGAUACUGAAUUUGCUAAAUUUGCAUGUUCACAAUUAAAUACAUUUAAACAUUUAAAAGUAUUGAAAUUAAUUGUUAGUAAUAGUGUUCAAGCUGAUAUUAUUUUAUCUGCAUGUGAACAAGUUUUAAAUAAUGGAAUUUUACAAACAUUUAAUUCAACUAUUUUAUUAAGAACAGAAAAUCAUAUUCAAAGAUUUAUUGAAUGUAUUUUAAAAUCAACUUUGAAAAACAUUUCAUUCUCUUUAAAUUGUGAACCUUUAAUAGGAAAUAAUGAAUUAUUAUCAAAAUUAAUUCAAUGUUUGAGUUUUGGAAGAAUUAAUGUUAAUAUUAAAUUAUUUAAUGUUAAUUCAAUUGAAUUUUUAAACAAGUUUAAACCAGUUUCUGAAAUUUGUAAAGAAUUUAAUAUUUCAAUUAUUACAAUUAAUUGUUCUACCUUUGAUAAUAUGGAAAGUCUUCAAUUGUGUAAUGUUUAUGAAUUUAGUAUUGAAUCUGGUAAUUUUACACCAAUUACAAAUCAUUUACCAAUUCACGUUAGAAAUUUAAAACUAAAUUCAAGAAAUUUUAACGUGCCAAUUCUAAUCUAUUAA